AGAACUUCCGGUGUGAGAAGCUCCAAAGAAGUGUAUAUUUCUGUAUGGACUUAUCUAUAGAGUCAAGUAUAGUGAUUUUAAAAACAGAUAAAUUCGUCGCUGGUGCAUGUUGUCAAAGUAUGCAUUUAUUAAAAUACGCGUGUUAGCAGACAAGAAAACGCCUACGUCAGCGUUAGUUAAUAGUUAAUCGGAUAUUAUCAACUAAGAAAGUUAUUCCAUAGGCGUGAUGGAUGAAACCUCAGAUCUAUUUUGGCCGGCGAUGCUAUUUACGCUGCUUGCAAUUAUAGUAGCAGCAGUUGUUUUAGGCAGAAAUAAAGGCCCGUCAAAGAGCACCCAUCAAACUACUGCUGUUGUGGAGGAGAGAGCUGGUCCAGAUCCUGGAGCUUCCUCACAGUGUCAUGACAAACACUGUAAUAAAACCAGACAACAGCUGCAAUCUAGUGCGAAGAGCCACAAAGCCAAAGAUGAAACUAUGAAACAUGUAAAGGAUUCAAACUCAGAUAAUGUGGAAGAAGUGUGUAAGUCUGAUUCUUCAGUUCACUCCUCCACCAUUGGUUUGGGGGAGGAUUCUUCUGAGUCUGGGAUAAGGAAUGCUCUGAGGGAUUAUGUUCAGUCACCUGAUGCUGAGAAUAAACCCUUGAAGUACAUGGCUGGCAUGCUGAGGACCUGCCAGCUUGAAAAGAUGAUGACCAAAGAAGAAUUGGAGGAAGAGCAGAGACAGUACUACGUUUGGGUGGAAGGCAAUGUCACAGAUUCUUUGCAGGGAUUUGAUGAGCCUGACCCGAACAACAGUUCUGCCGUGACUGAUGCAGGAGCAAACACUACAACCAGCCCUAAACCUCUUGGGACUCAGUCAACCCUUGUGCCCAUUAUGGACAAGCACAACUUUACUGCUCUGCCCCAGUGGAAAUUUGAUGACCUUUAUCGAUUGGAUCCACAGUUUAAACAGAGUGAAUGCAUGGCAUCCUUGCGAAAUUCCUCUAAUCCAGUGUUUAAGGAGAAGUUUAUUCCAAACAUUCAGCUGUUUUUACAAAGUGAUCAUCUCAACGUGAGUGAGUGGAACCGGCUUUAUCAUUUUAACAACCCCUUUGGCUAUAUGGGACUCAAUUACACAGCAAUAAAAGCAGCUGUUGACACCAUCCCUAAGCUUGCAUCUACCCAGUUACUACAAGUACCUACAACAGCGAAAGAUGGCUGUAUUCGCUGUGCUGUUGUUGGGAGUGGUGGCAUUCUCAAUGGCUCCAGGUUGGGGACGGAGAUUGACUCUACUGAUUAUGUGUUCAGGAUGAAUGCAGCCAUUAUAGCAGGACACGAGGAGGAUGUUGGGAAAAGGACAUCUGUUUAUGUGCACACAGCACAUUCCUUAAUCCAGUCACUCAUGUUACACAAAAAGAGAGGUUUCAAACAGAUUCCUACUGACAAGGACAUUAAAUAUGUUCUAAUCCCUGAGGGUCCAAGAGACUACAACUUUCUCGAGUCCCUCAUGAAGAACAGAAAAAUACCAUCAGGACCAUAUCGUGGACGAACGCCAAGGAAUUAUUACAGUGGGCAUUUUAAUGAAAGUUCUUACUACAUCCUCCAUCCAGACUUUCUAAGAUAUGUACGAAACAGGUUUCUUAGGGCAAAACAAUUGAAAACUAAAAGAUGGUGGCUGGUCAGACCCACUAAUGGAGCAUUUACUCUUUUGCUGGCUAUGCACACAUGUGACAUUGUGAGAGUCUACGGUUUUAGCACAGAUGACUAUCGGAAAUAUCCGAACUACUACUAUGACACCAAACACACUAAACUAGUGUUUUUUGCUAAUCACGAUUAUAGUUUGGAGAUCAAUACCUGGAAGAAAUUUCAUGAUGACAAAUUUAUCUGGCUGUAUUUGGGAAAAUCUGAUAUCUAAUUGAAUCUAGGUAUCUUAAAAGUAAUUCAGCUUCCUUGAAAUGACCCAAAUAAUUACUAGAAAAAGAAUAUAGUUCAGUCAGUGUUAUUUCACAAAGAGAGAGAGGACGUUGGUGUAACUUGUUGCAAAUGUAGGGUGUUUUUUAUUUUCAUUUUGUACUUUAUGCACUGUUUGUUUCUACUUUGUUUAUUCUGGAAUAAACAAUGAAUUAACUGUAAAAUA